ACCCAUAAGAGUUACGAUGCCCUUGCCACUUAAAGUCCUGUUCUUCCUCAACCUUGUUUUAGUUUCUUCUUUCCACUUCAUUGCUUCUACUGCUUCUUCAAUAUCUGCAACAGCUCCUGUAGGAGUGACGGAAGUAGAGACACUUUUACAAUGGAAGGCUAGUCUUGACAAGGAAAGUCAAGCCACCUUGUCUUCUUGGGUCGGAACCAGGCCCUGCACUUGGGCAGGGAUACAUUGUGGUUCGUUUGGGAGCAUCACUCAUCUAAACCUUUCCUCCUCAAGUUUGAAAGGCAAGCUAGAAGUUUUAAACUUCUCCCUUUUUCCCAACCUGACUCAUAUUGAUCUUAGCAUUAACUCACUCUAUGGAAGUAUUCCUUCAAUAGGAAAUUUAACAAAGUUAUCUGUUCUUUACCUUUACAACAACAAACUUUCUGGUUUCAUUCCUCAAGAAAUUGGGUUGCUAAAAAACUUAUCCAUUCUUUACCUUUACAACAACAAACUCUCUGGUUCCAUUCCUCAAGAAAUUGGGUUGUUAAAAUCUCUUUCUAGGCUUGCAUUGUCUGACAACAAUUUCAUAGGUCUAAUUCCAACUUCAAUAGGAAAUUUGACAAAUUUAUCAUUUCUUUACCUUUACAACAACAAACUCUCUGGUUCCAUUCCCCAAGAAAUUGGGUUACUAAGAUCUCUUUCUAUGCUUAGCUUGUAUAACAAUAAUUUCACAAAUCUAAUCCCAGCCUCCAUAGGAAAUUUGACAAACUUAUCCAUUCUUUACCUUUCCAACAAUAAACUCUCUGGUUCCAUUCCUCAAGAAAUUGGGUUGUUAAAAUCUCUUUCUAGGCUUGCAUUGUCUGACAACAAUUUCAUAGGUCUAAUUCCAACUUCAAUAGGAAAUUUGACAAAUUUAUCAUUUCUUUACCUUUACAACAACAAACUCUCUGGUUCCAUUCCCCAAGAAAUUGGGUUACUAAGAUCUCUUUCUAUGCUUAGCUUGCUUGCAUUGUCUGACAACAAUUUCAUAGGUCUAAUUCCAACUUCAAUAGGAAAUUUGACAAAUUUAUCAUUUCUUUACCUUUACAACAACAAACUCUCUGGUUCCAUUCCUCAAGAAAUUGGGUUGCUAAGAUCUCUUUCUAUGCUUAGCUUAUCUCUUUCUGAUCUUGAAUUGUUUGACAACAAUUUCAUAGGUCUAAUUCCAGCUUCAAUAGGAAAUUUGACAAACUUAUCUUUUCUUUAUCUUGACAACAACAAGCUCUAUGGUUUUAUUCCUCAAGAAAUUGGGUUGUUAAAAUCUCUUUCUAAUCUUGAUUUCAACAAAUUGUCGGGCUCAUUACCUGAAGAGAUGGAGAACUUAACAAAUUUGAAAAGCUUACAGUUACAGUACAACAAUUUCACUGGCUCUUUACCACAGAAUAUCUGUCAAGGUAAGUUGCUUGAAAACCUCUCUGCUUCAGACAACAGUUUCACAGGUUCGAUCCCCAAAAGUUUAAGAACUUGCACCAGCUUAUUCAGAGUCAGGCUCGAAGGUAAUCAACUAAUCGGAAAUAUAUCAGAAAAUUUCGGCAUAUACCCCAAGUUGUAUUAUAUUGAUUUAAGUGGUAAUCAAUUGUACGGUGAGCUUACAUGGAAAUGGGGGGAAUGUCGUAAUUUGGUAGCCAUGAAAAUCGCCAACAACAAUAUUUCUGGCAAGAUACCACCCACUCUUGGACAUAUAGCUAAAUUACAAAGACUUGACCUUUCUUUGAAUCAUCUAACUGGUGAAAUUCCAAAAGAAUUGGGAAGGUUGACAUUGCUGAUGGAUCUUUCACUGGAAGAUAACCAAAUAUUGGGCAACAUUUUUCCAGUAAUCGGAAUGCUACAUGAUCUUCAAACUCUAAAUCUAGCAGCAAACAACUUAAGUGGAUCACUUUCCAAGGAGAUUAGAAACUGUUUAAAACUUCAAUUCUUGAAUCUGAGCUUGAACAGGUUUGUUGGAACCAUUCCUUUAGAAAUUGGUGAUUUACACUCUCUAGAAAAUAUUGAUCUCAGUCAAAAUUUGUUGACUGGAGAGAUACCGCCACAGCUUGGAAACUUGCUGAUGUUGGAAACCAUAAAUCUUUCGCACAACAUGCUCUUUGGUUCCAUUCCAUCAACUUUUGGAAAUGGUUUGUCAGGCUUGAUAACUGUAAAUGUGUCCUUCAAUCAAUUGGAAGGUCCUAUUCCAAACAUCAAAGCUUUUUGUGAGGCUUCAUGUUUUGCACUUCAAAGUAAUAAAGGGUUGUGCGGCAACACCACAUGUUUGAAGACUUGUGUUCCUAUUUCAAGCAGAAAAAGCCUCAUUUGGAUAAUGAUACCCCUUUUGGGUAGUUUACUUUUGUUGCUUAUCUUGAUCACAGGUCUUUUCGCUCUAUGCCGAAGACGUAAAAGUAAAAAUAGGACGUCAGAGGAGAAGAACUGUGAGCAUAUUAUUGAUAUAUCGGGCGAUUUUGGAAAAAGAUUCUAUCAAGAUAUCAUCGAAGCAACGGAUGAAUUCAACUCCAAUUAUUGCAUUGGAACAGGAGGACACGGAAACGUUUACAAAGCUGUGUUAUCAUCAGGUCAAGUAGUUGCUGUGAAAAAGCUUCAUCUCUCAAAAAAUGGUGAGCUGACCAACGUGAAUGCUUUUGAAAGAGAAGUUGUUUCCUUGACAAAUAUACGACAUCGAAAUAUUGUGAAGCUACAUGGUUUUUGUCCACAUGCAAAACACUCUUUCUUGGUGUAUGAGUUCAUUGAAAAGGGAAGCUUGAAAGUGAUACUAAACCAUGAAAGCCAAGCAAUGGAAUUGGAUUGGGUCAAGAGGCUGAAUGUUGUUAAAGGGGUGGCCAAUGCCUUGUCCUAUAUGCACCAUGAUUGCUCACCUCCGAUAAUGCACCGCGACAUUUCUAGCAACAACAUUCUCCUGGAUUCAGAAUUUGAAGCUCAUGUCUCUGAUUUUGGCACGGCUAGAUUUUUAAAGCCUAAUUCUUUCAGUUUAACCUCCCUUGCAGUUGCAGGAACCUUGGGAUAUAUGGCUCCAGAGUUGGCUUACACAACGAAAGUGAAUGAGAAAUGUGAUGUCUACAGCUUUGGAGUGCUAACACUUGAAAUAAUGAAAGGCAAUCAUCCUGGUGAUCUCAUCUUGGCUCUAUUUUCAUCGUCAUCUUCAUCAUUGGCUUCAUCCUCGACAUCAUCGCUGAUCACACGCCAUACAUUGCUGAGUGAUGUGGUAGACCAACGACUCCGACCUCCAAGAAGUAGAGUUGCAGAAGGUGUGGUCUUUACUGUUCAAUUAGCAUUUGCAUGUUUGCAUGCUAAUCCACAGUAUCGACCAACCAUGCAAAAUAUUUCUUCCGCACUUACAACUCGAUGGCCUCCACUUUCCAAGCCGUUCUCCUUGAUAGAAUUGGGAGAGCUCAUUGCUCACUGAAGCUCCCAAUAACUAAGCCCUUCA